AUGGUGCGCGAUAGAUGCAACGAGUUGAAGCCAUGUCGCGCUUUGCUGGACUCAGGGUCACAAGGCACGCUUAUAACCGAAUCUUGCGUACAGCGACUGCAGCUGAAACGAGGCUUUGAUAGAUCUAUGUUAUAUGGGGUCGGUUCAGUCAAUGGAGGUCACACUAGAGGAAGGGUCGAAUUAAAUAUCGAGGCGACACAAUAUGACACCAUUAUUAGAACUGAGGCAUUAUGCUUGCUCAAUUUAACUUACACUUUGCCUCCGUGCGAUAUAAGCCAUCACAGUUGGACAUUUUUCAAUGAAGUUAAUCUUGCAGAUCCUUCAUAUUCGAAACCUGGUAAAAUCGACAUCAUACUUGGAGCAGAUGUCUUCACUAGCUGUUUACUGCCAGAGAAGUUGACUCAUCCUAGCGGUUCACCGACCGCAGUCAACACAAUUUUCGGUUGGGUUAUAAUGGGUAAAAUAAAGGGAGCAGACGAACAAAACAUUGUAACUGCACAUACAUGUGUGGAUUUAAAUCAGCAACUUCAACGCUUCUGGGAAGUUGAAGAUCUACGAGAACCGACAAAUUACCUGACGGAUGAAGAGAAAAAAGCGGAAUUACAUUUUCAACAACAUACUCAGCGCGAUGUACAAGGCAGGUACGUUGUUAGGCUCCCGUUAAAAGAGGAUGAGGUUAACCUAGGGGAAUCACGGUCUGCUACGCUUAGACGACUUAUUUCAGUGGAGCGUCGAAUCGACAGUGAUGUGCAACUCAAGGAAGAAUAUGGGAAAUUUAUGGACGAAUAUUUAGAGUUGGGGCAUAUGGAGAUUAGCAGCACGGUAAACGUACACAGAAAGUACUUCAUGCCACAUCACGCAGUAUUCAAACCAACAAGUGCCACAACAAAACUACGGGUAGUGUUCGACGCAUCCUGCAAGAGUUCAAAUGGAUUGUCACUCAACGACAACUUGUUAAUCGGUCCAACAAUACAAAAGGAUCUGUUCGAGAUCAUAACCAAAUUCAGGAAAUACAAGGUUGGAUUUGCCGGCGAUAUCGAAAAAAUGUACCGACAGGUAUUGGUACAUCCAGAUGACCGGCCGUUGCAGCGUAUAUUGUGGGGACGUUCCACGGAGGAAGAACCUACUGCUUACGAUCUUCGCACCGUAACAUAUGGCACGGCAGCUGCACCUUUCUUAGCGGUAAGGACACUGCAGCAAGUGGCAUAUGACUACUCUGAUGAAUAUCCUGACGCAGCAUCUGCAAUAUCGAACAAUUUUAUGUAG